AUGGAUAAAUAUGAAGUCAUUAAAAAAAUUGGAGAAGGGUCUUUUGGCAAAAUAUUCUUGGCAAAAGGGAAAGAGGAUAAUGAGCAGUGUGUUAUCAAAGAAAUCAAUUUAACUAAGAUGCCCCUGGAAGAGAAAGAAGCCUCCCAGAAAGAAGUAAUUCUUCUGGCCAAGAUGAAGCAUGCAAAUAUCGUAACAUUCUAUGCUGCUUUGCAAGAAAAGAACAAGCUGUACAUUGUGAUGGAAUACUGUGAUGGUGGAGAUUUAAUGCAGCGUAUAAAUAUGCAGCACGGGGUGCUGUUUGAUGAGGACCAGAUUCUGAGUUGGUUUGUGCAGAUCUCUUUAGGCUUGAAGCAUAUACAUGACAAGAAGAUUUUACACAGAGAUGUAAAAGCACAGAACAUCUUUCUUAGCAAUAAUGGAAAUGUUGCAAAGCUUGGGGACUUUGGCAUAGCAAGACAGUUGAACAGCACUAUGGAGUUUGCCCAUACCUGCGUGGGGACCCCCUAUUACCUGUCACCUGAGAUCUGUGAAAAUCAACCAUAUAACAAUAAAACAGAUAUUUGGUCCCUUGGCUGUGUGCUUUAUGAGCUGUGUGCACUAAAGCAUCCUUUUGAAGGCAAUAGUUUGCAUCAGCUGGUGCUGAAGAUCUGCAGAGGUUGUUUUCAUCCAGUGUCUCCCAACUAUUCCUAUGAUCUGAGGAUAUUAAUUUCCCAGUUGUUUAAAGUAUCUCCAAGAGAUCGACCCUCUAUUAAUUCUAUUCUGAGGAAGCCUUUCUUGCAAAAGUUCAUUCUCAGGUGUUUGCCCCCUGAGGAAGAACGCAUUCACGCUGUGAUGCAUAGAAAAAGGUUUUCAGCACCAGAGUGUGAAGCCAAGCUGAUACAAGUGCUUCAGAAAAGGAGAGACCAGGAGCAAGAUUUCCCAGAAUAUGGAAUGGUGGUGCCUGCCAAGAAACAGGAUUUAAUUCAAAGACACGAAUUGAAACCUCUUUCAAAAGGGCAACACUCUUAUUUUCAGCCACAGACCUCUGGAUUUAAAAUGGCAGAAAGUCCAGAAAUUGGAGUACAUGGCCAUUAUAGUCAUUACUAUGCAAAGCUUGACAGCUUGCAGAGGAAAGCUAAUGCACAUUAUGACCUUUCUCAUAUCAGCCAAAGAGUUGAGGAAUACUAUAAACAGAAAGGACAAGUUGCACCUCCACCUCCACCACCUGACUGGCCUUCAGAAUACCUUCAAAGACGUUUUGAAGCCCAACAGUACAAGAUGAAAGUAGAAAAACAGCUGGGACUGCGACCAUGCUCUGCUGACCCAUAUCAUGCCCAAAUACAGCAGCAGAAAACCAAGGAAGAGCAUCUCAAAAACCGUCAGCAGGAAAUAUCUAGAAAGAAUAAGAUGAAAGAGCAGGAGUACCUGAAGCAGCUGCAGAAAAUUCGGGGAGAAUACCAGAGCAAUAUAAAAGAAAUCAGAUUUAGAGCAGGAAUACUUCAGGAGAAUCAAAAACUAAAAGAUAAAACCUAUCUUGUGAGGCAAGGGAAUGCUGAGGACCAGUCUGAGACAAAGGAUACAGCCAGAACAAGAGAAGAAUCACUUCAGGACAUGGAAGAAAACUUGAAACAAGUCAGAAUCCAGAACAGGCAAGACCAAGAAAUUUUGCAAGAGCAACAUAACACAAAGGGAGGAGUAAAGUUUGAAAUAAAUUUAGAUGAAUGUGUUCCCAAGGAAGACAGCAUUCAAGAAGCAGAGAGUAAUAUUGUGAUGAACCAACUGUUAUUUAGAAAAAAUAAACUCACUGAGGCUUUGGUGGAUGGUGAGGAUUUUGAGAAAAAACUGGUGGAAGUUCCUGAAGUUCGUAUGGACAGAGUUGUGGAAGAACUAUCUGGAUACCAAGCAGAUGAUACAAAAGAAAACAGAAAAUAUUGGCAAGGUGGAGUCCCUCAGACAUUACUGAAUUUUUUAGCUGAUGCUGAUGUCACAUCUCUAUGUCCUGCUGUGGCUGAAAAUGAACUUGCUGACCAUGCUGUUCUGCCUGAAGACAUCCAAGAAAACAGGAAGCAGUGGAAACAAACACCACCACAAACACUCCUGAACAUCUUAGCAAAAGCAGAGCUGUCUAAUGAUUCCUUCAGCUGUCCUGAAGAAGAAAUAGAAGGGAGAUUAACCAUGUGGCUUCCAAAAGAAAAGAAGGAAGAUGAUUCAGAAACAUACUCUGCUGUUGCUGUUGAUGAAGGCAGACUUGAGCCAAGAUCAGAUGAUGAAGACACGAAUUUUGAAGAUUCUGAAGAUGAACUCAGACACGAGCUGGAGGAAUCUCUGGAAAAAGUGGCAGCUUCUCCAGCAGAGAGAACCAUGGAGUCUCCUGUCCCUCCAAUUAAUAAGGGUCAAACAGAUGAAGGAAAGAUGAAUUUACCUUGCAAACAGCUUGGAAGAUCUGAUGAUGAUUUAGAGAAUAACCACGGGUCACUUAGUGUUGACACACAUAAUGAAAAAGGUGAGGAGGAAGCAAGAGCAACCUAG